AUGGUUCUCUCGCUAUCCUCCUUCGGUGCUCAUGAGGCCAUCGUCGUCCUCAGCAUCUUGACCGGCAUCUCCUUCAUCGCCUACCAAAUAUUCGGCAUCGUCUCAACCCGCAAAUCUAAACUCAACAAUGACCUCCCCCAAGUCUCUGCCGGCUGGGAACCCAGCGACUACAAGACUCCCAUCCCUGAACCCUAUCCCGGCUGGUCCAUUGAAAAGACCAAGCCCCUCCCCUAUCGGGCAUUCCGCUAUGGACCCAAGUACCAGGUCACCAUGGGUCUGCGUACCGUGCCUGUGGAGGAGUGGAUAGAGCUGGAUAGCGACUUUCCAAAAUACCAUGCCGACAAGAAGGCUCGUAUCGCGGAGCGUGCUGAAAAGUGUGUCGCUACUCACCCCGACGCUUAUCCCGCCGCCAUCGAACUCCUCCAGGAGCUCACAGAGUACCUCCCCGCUCGAUAUCCGACCCUCUUCGAGCGAACACCUGUUGGAAUCAAGAACAAGUGGUCUGGUGAAGACUUCAACAUUGUCGAGCGUCCCCUAGCCGAAGACCCCAUGGCCAUCUGCGCCCGUCUCGUCCAGGAUGAUCUCGCCCUGAUGAUCGAGCGUCCCGACGGACAGUACUACCUCAUGGCUGGCGCUGUACUUCUUGCGGGCUUUUGGCGUCUUUCGGACAAGUAUGGUAUGUCGCUCUCGGAUAUUCACUACUCUGGUGAUGUGCCGCAUUUCAAGGAGAAGCUGGAGACUGGCAUGUGCAAGUUCUUCAAGCGUCUCAAGUGCGAGUCUGUCUACUGCCGCAACAACUACUUCCUCCAAGUUGAUGACUCUCUGGCCUGGAGCUGGAGUAUCGGCAGUGAGGAUGAUCCUGUUGUGAGCUGGAGCACUGCCCAAAAGGACAAGGCUAUCGAGCACCACAUGUUCCGCUCUGAGCGCCAGUCCCUCCGCCGACUGCCUAAGACAGGUGCCAUUGUCUUCACCAUCCGCACGUACUUCCAUCCCGUCACCGAUAUUGUAAAGGAAGACUACGUGCCAGGUCGUCUGGCCAGCGCCGUACGCAGCUGGGACGACAAGGUGUCCAACUACAAGGGCAAGGAGAAGUACGGUGGUGUGCUGCUUGAGUAUCUUGACAGGGAGCACGAGAAGCAGUUGGCGAGAGGAUUGAACCUCGAGAAGGAGGACGAGGUGAGGAAAUACCCGUGGUAG